CACAGCCCGUGAGGCGAACGAGCGGCCCUGGCCCGGCCCGACCCGGCCCGGCGGCCCCGAAGGAGCGCCCGCCGCCGCCGCCGCCAUGUUCUCUUUUAAUAUGUUUGACCACCCUAUUCCCCGGGUGUUCCAGAACCGUUUUUCAACCCAGUACCGCUGCUUCUCGGUAUCCAUGCUUGCCGGACCUAAUGACAGGUCAGAUGUGGAGAAAGGCGGGAAGAUAAUUAUGCCACCAUCGGCUUUGGAUCAACUCAGCCGCCUUAAUAUUACUUACCCCAUGCUGUUCAAGCUGACCAACAAGAACUCAGACCGAAUGACGCACUGUGGAGUGCUUGAGUUUGUGGCUGAUGAGGGCAUCUGUUACCUUCCACACUGGAUGAUGCAGAAUUUGCUGCUCGAAGAAGGAGGCCUGGUGCAAGUGGAGAGUGUGAAUCUACAAGUCGCUACUUACUCAAAAUUUCAGCCACAGAGUCCAGAUUUUCUUGACAUCACCAAUCCCAAAGCUGUACUGGAAAAUGCAUUGAGAAACUUUGCUUGUCUAACUACUGGGGAUGUUAUUGCCAUCAACUACAAUGAAAAGAUCUACGAGCUUCGGGUAAUGGAGACCAAACCAGAUAAGGCAGUGUCCAUCAUAGAGUGUGAUAUGAACGUGGAUUUUGAUGCUCCUUUGGGAUACAAAGAACCAGAAAGAAGUGCACAACAUGAAGAGAACACAGAUGUGGAAACAGACCACAGUGGGUAUGUGAGCGACAUAGGAUUUCGUGCAUUCUCUGGAUCUGGGAACAGAUUGGAUGGCAAGAAGAAAGGUGUGGAGCCCAGUCCCUCACCAAUUAAACCAGGAGACAUCCGAAGAGGAAUUCCCAACUAUGAUUUCAAGAUCGGUAGAAUCACAUUCAUUAGGAAUUCACGUCCACUGGUCAAGAAAGUGGAAGAGGAUGAAUCUGGAAGCCGGUUUAUUGCCUUUUCAGGGGAAGGCCAGUCCCUGCGCAAAAAAGGAAGAAAGCCCUAAGUUCUGGUACUUCAGAUAGUUUGGGGGAAAAUAAAAUAACAGUUGCAGCA